AUUUAUCUCUGUAAUCCUAUGAGCUAAACAGCCGGAUCAUCAUAAUGCCACCUGCAGCUCCUCUAAUAAGUGGUAUUCAGAAGCUGAUCCUUUAUGAGACGAGAGCGAGGUAUUUUCUUGUGGGGAGCAAUCAGGCAGAAACAAAAUACCGAGUUCUGAAAAUAGAUCGGACUGAACCAAAAGACCUGGUAAUUAUAGAUGAUAAGCAUGUGUACACCCAGCAAGAAGUACGUGAGCUCCUUGGUCGCCUUGACCUCGGAAACCGGACGAAAAUGGGACAGAAAGGGUCAUCAGGAUUAUCUCGAGCUGUGUCUGCUUUUGGAAUUGUGGGAUUUGUUCAGUUUUUGGAAGGAUAUUACAUUGUGCUGAUCACUAAAAGAAGAAAAAUGGCUGAUAUUGGUGGCCACUCAAUCUACAAAAUUGAAGAUACUAGCAUGAUCUACAUUCCCAAUGAUUCUGUACGUGUUAGCCAUCCUGAUGAAGCCAGGUAUUUAAGAAUAUUUCAGAAUGUAGACCUAUCAAGCAAUUUUUACUUCAGCUACAGUUAUGAUUUGAGUCAUUCGCUCCAGUACAAUCUUACAAUCUUACGAAUGCCCACUGAGAUGAUGAAGUUUGAGAUGACAAAUCAGACACGCCAGGAAGGUUUUGAUAUAUUUGAAGAUGAAGCAAUAAGUAGCCAUGGUGGAAGCAGUGUUUUUGGGAUAUGCAGCGAACCGUACAUGAAAUAUGUUUGGAAUGGACAACUUUUAAAGUGUGUGAAAGACAUUGUACAUCGUGACUGGCUGCUUUAUAUAAUUCAUGGUUUUUGUGGACAGUCAAAGCUGAUAAUUUAUGGCCGGCCAGUCUAUGUGACUCUGAUGGCAAGAAGAUCAAGCAAAUUUGCUGGGACACGUUUUUUAAAGAGAGGAGCAAAUUGUGAGGGUGAUGUUGCCAAUGAAGUAGAGACAGAGCAAAUCGUGCACGAUGCCUCUGUGAUGUCAUUUACUGCAGGAAGCUAUUCCUCCUAUGUACAAGUCCGUGGCUCAGUCCCUUUGUAUUGGUCCCAGGACAUUUCCACUAUGAUGCCAAAGCCACCAAUAACAUUGGACCAAGCAGAUCCGUAUGCCCAUGCUGCAGCUUCCCACUUUGACCAAAUGCUUCAAAGAUUUGGGUCACCCAUUAUCAUUCUAAACCUUGUAAAGGAGCGUGAAAAGAGGAAACAUGAGAGGAUCCUGAGUGAUGAAUUGGUUGCAGCUGUUACUUAUUUGAAUCAGUUUAUUCCACCUGAACAGAGCAUUGUUUACAUUCCAUGGGAUAUGGCGAAGUAUACCAAAAGCAAACUGUGUAAUGUUCUGGAUCGACUGAAUGUGAUUGCUGAAAAUGUUGUGAAGAAGACUGGUUUCUUCGUUAAUCGCCCUGAUUCAUAUUGUAGUAUACUACGGCCUGAUGAAAAAUGGCAUGAGCUCGGAGGUGUGGUUGGAUCAUCUGGCCGUUUACAGACAGGUGUUCUACGAACAAACUGUGUUGACUGCUUAGACCGAACUAAUACUGCACAAUUUAUGGUGGGAAAGUGUGCUUUGGCAUAUCAGCUGUACUCUUUAGGGCUGAUCGAUAAACCUAAUUUGCAGUUUGACACAGAUGCAGUUAGGUUAUUUGAGGAACUAUAUGAGGAUCAUGGUGACACUUUAUCUCUUCAGUAUGGAGGAUCCCAGCUUGUUCAUAGAGUGAAAACCUACAGAAAGAUUGCUCCAUGGACCCAGCAUUCUAAGGACAUUAUGCAAACACUCUCUAGAUACUAUAGUAAUGCAUUUUCUGAUGCAGACAGACAGGAUGCAAUCAAUCUUUUUUUGGGUGUUUUCCAGCCAAGUGAAGGAAAACCUCAUCUAUGGGAGCUACCCACUGACUUUUACUUGCAUCAUAAAAAUACAAUGAAACUACCCCAUACAAAGAGAAGUUACACAUUUUGGUGGACGCCCGGGGUUCUAGAGCACUUACCACUCCCACUUGAUGAAGUACCCAAUGCUGAAAACCUAAAGAAGAUGACUAUAAAGAAAUUCAACAAAUGUGAUGAGGACACCAAUAUCUACACAGAGUUUUUCCGACCUUAUGAACUGAGCUGUUUUGAUGACACUUUUUGCUUGUCUAUGGCCAAUUCAGCAAGAGAUUUUAUGCCAAAAAACGUUGGCAUUGAUCCUAGCCCGUUUACUGUACGGAAACCAGAUGAAACAGGAAAAUCAGUCCUAAGUAACAAGACAUAUCGUGAAGAGACUGUAUUACAGCGGAAAACUGCUGCAAGUGCUCCUCCUCCCCCAAGUGAGGAAGCUGUAUCUAGUAGCUCUGAUGAUGACUCUGGAACAGAUAAAGAGGAUGAAGGGGCAGUGUCCCAGCGAUCUACACCUGUGAAGAUUACUGAUGUUGGUGAUAAUACCAAAGCAUCAGAGACAACAUCUCAGUCAACAAAAGAAACAUAUGGCAUAAACCUCUCAGAAGCUAUUUCAGAGACUGAUCUACAAAUUUACACAAGGUUUGUGCAUUUGGGACUUUGCCAACAUAAACCAGAGAGAAGAAGCCUAAAACCUACCCCAUGGCCUAUGGACACCAUUGCAAAACUGAACUGCAUCUCAUUCUUUUCCCAGGACAACAUAUAUGAAGUAACACCUCCCAAGGUAGACCGAAAAUCAAUGGAUAUUUUUCAUGCUCACAUCCAAGCAGGCAGAGGUAUCAUGCAGCCACUUGGGAAAGAAGACAUGCUCAUGUACAGAGAAUACAUACGGAACCGCUACAUGUAAAGGACUCAAUUGUAACUUAUUACAGCUGAUAGGAUCAUACAUUAGUAACCGUUUGUAAAUGUACGAUAUUGCGAAUUUUGUGCAUUGCAUAAAUACUUGACUGAUUAAAUAAUUCAUGUUAAAUGUUUAUGUUUUA